UUGUUUUUUUGUUUUUUUCGAAUUUUAAAGUUCGCCACAUCUGUUGCCGUUCGCGAAUUAGAUGUAUAUAAUCUUAUUUUGGUUGUAAACUAAGGUUGUCCGAACCAUCAUGAAGACUAUAUUCAUAGUUGUGGACGUACUGGAAGAACAGGCAAUAAAGGAUUCGCUUACACUUUUAUCACCCCGGGUCAGCAGAGUACAGCAGGCGAUAUUAUUAAAGCCAUGGAACAAUCGAACACACUAGUUCCAGCUGAACUACAACAUCUUUGGGAUCGAUACAAAUCCAAACUUACUGCGGAAGGAAAAACUGUCCCAUCAGACGGGGGUGGAUUUUCCGGAAAAGGAUUCAAAUUCGCUGAAUCAGAAGCUAUGAUUGUAUCAGAGAAGAAAAAGUUCCAGAUAGCCGCUUUAGGCCUGCAAGAUUCCGAUGAAGAAGAUAUUGAAAAUGACUUGGACGAGCAAAUUGAAACUUUGAUGGCUGCCAAACUAUUAGUGCGGGAAGUUCAAGCAUCCACAAUUGUCACCGGAGGCGGCGGUUCAGUUGCAUCAAGCAUUCCAAGCAAAACAGCUAUCGACAAACUAGAAUUACCGAAGCGGUUAGCCUCAAGAAUGAACCUGGCUAAACAACCCAUUGGACCAGUUCUAACAUUAUUGAGGAUUAUUGAUUCAUUCCUCUUUGGAUCAUUAAUCCAAAUUCAAGUUCCUGACCAUGCUCCUUUUUGGUGCGUAGACCGAGGCCGAAGUUAGUUCCUCAUACAAUAU